AUGGCUGAAAAUAUUUCAACUGAUGAGGUGGUGGUCCUGGGUGAUAUGUGUCAAACACAAUCUGUUCAGCCAAAGGUUACAAAAGAAAGAAAAAAAAGGUCUCGAGCAUGGAAUCAUUUUGGAUCAUUUGUUGAUGAAGAAGGAAAUAAGAAAUCAAAGUGUAAGCAUUGCGGUCAAAAUUAUUUUGUUGAUUCAGUUAAAAAUGGGACAAAGGCAAUGCUUACUCAUAUGUUAACAUGUACAAAGAUGCCUAAAAGCGUUGAUAAAAGUCAAACUCAAAUAGGCUUUCAAUCUGUUCAGGGAGGGAAUACGAGUGAUGUGGUUGUUGUUUCCUGGAAAUUUGAGCAAGAACAAUGUAGGAGAGCUUUAUGCCGCAUGGUAAUUGUGGAUGAACUACCUUUCAAGUUUGUCGAGAAGGAAGGUUUUAGAAACUUUAUGAAAGUAGCGCAACCUCAUUUUAAGAUUCCUUCUCAUACCACUGUGACACGUGAUUGUUUUAACCUUUUAGAUGAAGAGAAGCAAAAGUUGAAGAGAUUUUUCGGAGAAGCACGACAAAGAGUAUGUCUGACAACUGAUACUUGGACCUCUUUGCAACAGAUUAAUUAUAUGUUUAUCACUGCACAUUGGAUCGAUAAUGAAUGGAUUAUGCAUAAGAGGAUAAUCAACUUCUGUCCAAUUUCCAACCAUAAAGGUGAAGAUAUGGCUAAUGAGAUUAUUAAGUGUUUGCGUGAUUGGGGCUUAGAUAAAACAUUUACCAUCACAGUCGAUAAUGCUAGUUCGAAUGACGUGACUAUGAAAGAGUUGUCUAAGAUAUUCACUAAACGGGGGAUCAAUUUCAUGAAUGGAGAACACCUUCAUGUGAGGUGUAUGGCGCAUACUCUAAAUCUUGUUGUUCAAGCUGGUUUGAAGGUGUCUGAUGUGUCUAUUGAACGGGUUAGAAAAGCAGUUAAAUACAUAAGGUUGUCUCUUGCAAGGUGUAAAAGGUUCCAAGAAUGUUGUGAAGAUGUUGAUAUUAAUAGUAAAAAAUCUUUAUGUUUGGAUGUUUCUACGAGAUGGAACUCCACAUACUUGAUGUUAAAUAGGACUAUUGAGUUUGAAAAUGUGUUUUUCAGUUAUGCUGCUCGUGAUAUUGGCUUGUUACAUUACCUUCAGUUUGUUGAGGAUGAAGAUGGAAAGGAUGAAGAUGAAAGCGUUGUUGGUUCCCUUUUGAGUGAUGACUUGGACAAUGUAAGAAAAAUUGCUAAUUUUCUUCAAAUUUUUUAUGAUCUUACCAGAGAAGUAUCAGGAUCACACUAUCGCACAACAAACUCACAUUUUCUUAAAAUUUGUAAGGUUUCUUGUUAUUUGAAACAAUUGAUAUUGAGUGAAGAUGAUAAUGAUGAUCUUUUGGUUAAAAUUUAUUUGAAUAUGAGAGAAAAAUUUGAUAAGUAUUGGGGUACUCCAAAGAGGAUGAACAAGAUGAUUUUUAUUUCUUGUGUAUUGGAUCCUCGUCACAAGUUUGUUUCAGUUGGCUUUGCACUUCAAAUGAUGUUUGGGAAAGAAGGUCCAAUUUUAGAGGAAGGAGUUAGAGACUACAUGGAUUUGCUGUUUGGUGAAUAUGUAAAGUCCCUUUCUAAAGAUAAAGGUAGUCAACACUCUUCAUCUUUAUCUAGGUCUCCAUUUUAA